GGAAUGCUUUGCCUACUGAACAUAACAGCCUCACUCUGAGUGUAAACAGGAGAAAUGAAUAUUUUCAUGUUUUCUGCUGUGAGGGAAGUGACAGAAAUACAAAUCCAGCUCUGACUCAGAGAGGGGAUCAUAUCAACAUCAGUGUGUCUACAGAAAACUCCAGAGUGAGGGUAGAAGUCUUUUCUUUCUCUUAUUAGAGGACACAUUUGUGCAAAGAGUCUAAAGUAAAGAUGCUGUGGAGUCUGUUGUUCAUCACUUUGAUUGGAAGAUCAACUCAACAGGAUCCUGGAUGCAGUCCAGGAUGGGAAACUAUCAAACUGGAUGACAAAGUGGCAUUUCAGUCUUCAGUCUACACAGAUAAGAAUGGUGUUUAUUACACUGCUGACAGAGCUUUGGACGGAAAUAAAGAAACAUGUUCUAACACUGUAGAAAAACAGCCCAUCAGCUGGUGGACAGUUGACUUAUUUGGUCUAUAUGAAAUUUCCUGCAUCACCAUUUACAACAUAAAUCAACACAAUGUUGAUCUAAGAGACGCUCACAUCCUCAUCAGGAACUCAUCUGAGAGAAAUGCUGCUGACACCACUGAGUGUGCAACAAUCAACACAACUACUAGUGGAGGAAAUAAAACAUUUAACUGUGAAAAUGGACCAAAGUGGGGGCGUUAUGUAACUGUGUACAAAAACACAUAUGGGCCUUUAAUUCUGUGUGAGGUGACGAUGAAAGGCAUAAAAAAAGGUACAAUAAAACAUUCUUACCCACUAAGUUAACUGGUCAGUCAGUAGAGUCGAUAUAAAUGUGUAAAUUGAUUGCUUGAUUGAUAAUACUUUAUUCAUCCUGAGGGAAAUUGGGUUAAGGCUGCCGACCUUUGCCAGCGCCAUCUUACCCUCCCGACCAUACAUACAUUACACAGCAUCACAUGGGGAAGUCAGGUCAGAGAGAUAUAACAAUGGAAAAUGCACAACAUGAGGAAAGAUGCGGAGAAAAAAGAACUCCCCCCAGGCUGAGCUCCAACAGCGAGUGUAAGACUCAGCUUUGCAGUUUGUCUUUACAAAAACCCGAAAAAUUUGUCAUUCUAAAGAACUCACUGAAUUCGAGCAUGCUACUGUAAAAGGAUACCGCCACUGCAACAAGUCAGUUUGUGAAAUUUCUUCCCACCUUGAUACUGUUUGAAUAAUUUUCUUCUUUUCUUUUAGAAUGAGAUGCUCUGACUUUCAUGGUGGCCAUUGCAUAAGAGCUGUCUUCUAUUCCAUUCAUCUACACAGAUUUAUUUACAUGGAAGAAAGUUUUCCAUCUACUAAUAAAUCUGAACCACAGAAGUUUAAUGCUGGACUUGCACUUUGCCAUGGCAGAGGGCAGUAAAAUAAGGAAUGACUUUUAUGAACCACAUAGCAGGAAGGUGCAAGAUGCUAACGUGCAGGGCAUACAUGGAACAUCAUAACCAAAUGGCUGGCAUAGUUCAGAGGCCGGGCCUGGAAGUCCCAAAGUCAAUAUGGGAGACACCGCCAAGGGUGGUCGAGAAUGACCGGACUAAGAUCCUGUGGGACUUCCAGAUACAGACGGUCAAACUGGUGAUAGCAAACCAUCAGACAUACUAGUGAUGGACAAGCCACUAUACCGAGUAAUAGCAGCAUCAGGAAUAACGAAUACCAGAAGCUGGAAAAACAACAAGGGCUGAGAGAGGAGGUUAAGAAGAUGUGAAUGGUGAAGGCAACAGUGGUCCAUGUAGUAAUCAGAGCACUCGGGGCAGUGACCCCUAAACUGGGCAGGUGGCUCCAGAAGAUCCCAGGAAUGACAUUUGAGAUCUGUGUCCAGAAGAGUGCAGCUCUACGAAGAGCAAAGAUACUUUACAGGAUCCUGGUAAACAUUUGUAAUAACGGAUGUGUGUGACUCUGAGUGAGGCACAGGAAUGCUAGAUCAAGGCUAGCGACCUUAAAAUGGAGAUUCCAGAAACUUUCUUUACCGCGACGAUCAAGCAUCAACACUUAAAAUGGAGAGCACUUCAG